AUGUCGGGCUGCGAUCCAGUUCGUUCGAGCGGCCCUUUUCUUUCCACCAUGUUUUUAAAAAUGUACAUUUUUCUAAAACAUUUAAAACCACUAUAGUUACCGAAUAAAGGUGUUAUUCACUACAUAAAUUAAAUUUAAAUACCAGAUUUAAUUUAUUUUUGACGUUGAGAUGAAUAAUGCAGCAACAAGGUAGUGUAGUAAGGAGACGCUGAACGAAUUGGAACGCGGCCUAACGGCGCCACUGUUUGAAAAUUCCGACUCGUUGUCGUGUUUUGUGUUGUUUAAGUGUUACCGCAUUUUAUACAUUUUUUCGCGUUUAUUUAGUUCGAAUAACUUUUGUUGUGAUUAUGGGGGUUCACGACUUGUGGUCCAUCGUCGAGCCGGUUCGUGAGUCGGUGCCACUGUACAGUUUGAGCGGAAAGACGCUGGCAGUUGACUUGAGUUUGUGGGUUUGCGAGGCUCAACACGUCCAAGCGAUGAUGGGGAGAGUUAUGAAGCCGCAUCUGAGGAAUCUGUUUUUCCGGGUGUCGUCCCUCACACUGAUGGGGGCGAAGCUCGUCUUUGUCGUGGAAGGAGAAGCUCCCAAACUUAAAGCAGAAACCAUGAGCAAGAGGACAGAAACCAGAUACGGAGGAUUCAAAAACGCUUCUGCUCCGAAGUCGAAGCCAACAAACACCAGCAGAGGGCGCUUUAAAGCUGUUCUUCGAGAGUGUGCAGAGAUGUUAGACUACCUGGGUGUACCGUGGGUGACAGCUGCUGGGGAGGCCGAGGCCAUGUGUGCGUACCUGGAUUCACAGGGUGUGGUGGACGGCUGCAUCACCAAUGAUGGAGACGCCUUCUUGUACGGGGCCAGGACCGUGUACAGGAACUUCAAUAUGAACAGCAAAGACCCUCAGGUCGACUGUUACCAGACUUCUCGAGUGCAAACAGAGUUACAUCUGUCCAGAGAGAACCUUGUUGGUCUGGGCAUUCUCCUUGGCUGUGAUUAUAUUCCUAAGGGCAUACCAGGUGUUGGCAGAGAGCAGGCCCUGAAGCUCAUCCAGACACUGAGAGGACAAACACUUCUGCAGAGGUUCAUCCAGUGGAGGGAGGAAAAUCUAUGCGUGUCUGAUGGAGUUGUGAAGAAGGUUCCUCACUGCAACUUAUGUCGUCAUCCUGGCUCAGCGAAGGCACAUGAGCGUGGCGGCUGUUCUCUUUGCAACAGCCAGCGAUUCUGUCAGCCUCAGGACUUUGACUACCAGUGUCCCUGUGACUGGCACCGCUGGGAGCAGAACCGCCAGGCCUUGUCUUUUGAGGCAAACAUCAGAAAGAAAACUCUGGCAAGUCAACAGUUCCCUUUUACAGAGAUCAUUAGUGAGUUCCUGGUUUCCAAGGAUAAGCCUGUGUCACACUUCAAGAGGAGACAGCCAAACAUGCUGUUGAUGCAGAAAUUUGCCUAUGACAAGAUGGAGUGGCCAAAGCAUUACACCAGCGAAAAGGUUUUAGUCUUGAUGACCUACGCAGCGUUGAUGAACAGAAAAUAUGGAAGAGAUAUGACCGCACAAAUCAAGCCUAUUCGAAUUUUAAAACCAAGGGUGAGGAAUGCCGUUGCUUGCUUUGAAGUCAUCUGGAGCUCGCCAGAGCAUUAUGUGUUUCCUGAGGAUCGACCUGCAGAGGAUCAACAUGAGGUGAGGACAGUGGAGGAAGAAUCUCUGUUUCGUGUGGCCUACCCAGAGGUGGUGGAGAGCUACCUGAGAAACAAAGCUCUGGCUGAGGAGAACAAAACCAAGAAGAGGAAACCAAAAAGUAAAAGGAGAAGCCAUCAGAAGUUUCCGAUGGUAUUUCAGAUCUCUUGGCUCAGAUGACCCUUAAGAGUGUUUCAGUUCAACCAGAAACACUACUUCCUACCAUUUCAAACACAGACGAACCAGAAGUAAUCAUUUUGGACACUCCGGUGAGCCAGAAGCAGCAUCGAAA